UUUGCUCACGACAAGAAAAUUAUUCAUUCUUCCGACCCUCUCGUGGCUCGGUAUGCAUCUCGUCCGCAGAACUUCGUCGUCGCUGUCAUCGUCCUUCCGUAGUUCUUCCCUCUUGACGUGAGCUCGGCACUGCCUGCUACUUUGGGUGUGGAGAUGGCCGCUCUGCCUCAGGCCGCCGCAACGGAAUUACACCGCGAGGAGGGAGCUGCUGCUGUUGUUCUCGAUGAGAAGCUAGCAGUCCAGUCGAGUCACUCACCGAGCUCAGCUUCGGCAGAAACUGAACAAGAGGCGGCUCCAGCAAAGGGAAAUUCUCCGCCACGCAAAUGGCAUUCGAGAUUCAACCCUCUCCGCCUGCAGAAGAUCCCCCCGGUCCCAGAGGAGCGAGUGGUGUCUCGCGAGCAUGGCGCCAACUUCUUCAGUCUCAUUUCCUUCCAGUGGAUGGCCCCGUUGAUGCAUACCGGUUAUCUGCGACCACUGCAACAUCAAGAUAUCUGGAAAGUCAACCCUGAUCGAUCGGUCUAUGUUCUCAAAGCAAAACUCAACGAAUCCUUUGACCGGCGUCUAGAGCGAGGCGGCAAGUACCCGCUUCUAUUUGCCCUCUAUGACACCUUCAAAGUUGAAUUCUGGAUCGGCGGCAUUUGCCAGCUCUUUAGCUCUCUGUUUAUGGUCUUUUCGCCAUACAUGACCCGAUAUCUUAUUGCUUAUGCUACUGAAGCAUACACAGCCAAAGAAAAACACCAGCCAGGUCCGAAUAUCGGCGAUGGAGUCGGCUACGCGGUUGGAAUUACCUGUAUGCAAAUAUUGCAAAGCUUGGGUACGAAUCAAUUCAUCUACCGUGGGUUCAUGGUGGGUGGCCAAGCGAGAGCGGUGUUGGUCAACAUCCUCUUUGACAAGACGAUGAAGAUAUCGGGCCGUGCAAGAGCUGGUGGUACAGUAUUGGAAAACUCCCAAGUCGAGCAAGAGGUAAAAGGCCCUGGAAAAGCUGUCAACGCGGGAGACGGUCGAGGCUGGAGUAACGGACGCAUCAUUACCCUGAUGAGCGUUGAUGCCGAUCGAAUCAACACUGCCAUGGGCAUGUUCCAUUUAUUGUGGACUGCACCCAUUGCAAUUAUUGUCACCCUCAUCUUGCUACUAGUCAACAUUGGCUACAGUGCUUUGUCUGGGUUUGCGCUCUUGGUUCUUGGCAUGCCGGCAGUCACUGUUGCAGUCAGGGCCCUCUUUAAGAGGAGAAAGGCGAUUAAUAAAUUCACCGAUCAGCGAGUAUCGUUAACGCAGGAAAUCCUACAAUCUGUUCGCUUUGUCAAAUUUUUCGGUUGGGAAAGCAGCUUCUUGGAAAGGCUGAAAGAAAUCCGCAAACGUGAAAUCCUCGCUAUUCAGAUCCUUUUGGCAAUUCGAAAUGCGGUCUUGUGUAUAUCCAUGUCCUUGCCGACAUUUGCAUCUAUGCUUUCUUUCAUCACAUACUCGCUUUCCCAACAUAUACUCACCCCGGCGCCCAUCUUCUCGUCCUUGGCACUUUUCAACUCCCUCCGCAUGCCGCUGAACUUACUCCCGCAGGUUCUCGGGCAAGUUACCGAUGCAUGGACUGGUCUGAUGCGAAUUCAGGAGUUCCUUCUUGCAGAAGAAAUCAAGGAUGAUAUUGAAUGGGAUGAUAGCAUGACUGACGCCAUCAGCUUGGAAAAGGCCUCUUUCACCUGGGAACGCACGCCAAAUAACGAUAAGGGAAAGGAUUCAAAAACAAAAGGAAUAGAGCGGAAGCGAGAAUCCCCAGUCAUAAGCGAGAAGUCAGAUACCGAGGCCGAGCCUUUCAAAAUCAAAGACUUGAACUUUUCUGUUAAGCGAAACGAAUUACUUGCUGUGAUUGGGACAGUUGGGUCGGGGAAAACAUCCCUACUUGCUGCUUUGGCAGGAGAUAUGCGGUUAACAGAUGGCUCUAUUCGUCUUGGUGCUUCAAGAGCCUACUGUCCUCAGUAUGCCUGGAUCCAAAAUGCCACUGUCAAAAAUAAUAUACUAUUUGGGAAAGAUUAUGACGAGAGGUGGUAUAAUACAGUUGUUGAUGCUUGCGCCCUACGACCCGAUUUCGAUGUCUUUCCAUCUGGCGAUAGCACGGAGAUUGGUGAACGUGGAAUCACAGUUUCUGGUGGACAAAAGCAACGUUUGAAUAUUGCACGGGCUAUCUACUUUAAUGCUGAUAUCGUUCUGAUGGACGACCCCUUGUCGGCCGUAGAUGCACACGUUGGUCGCCAUAUUAUGGAGCACGCUAUCUGCGGCUUGCUUAAGGACAAAUGCCGAAUCCUUGCCACUCACCAACUCCACGUAUUGAACCGCUGUGACCGUAUCAUUCUUAUGGAUAAUGGUAGAGUUGCUGCUGUAGAUACAUUUGACAACUUAAUGCGUGAUAGUCAACUUUUCCAGAGAUUGAUGUCCACCACUGCUCAAGAUCGACAGCAUGAAGAAAAAGAUGAAGACGACAAAAUAGAGGCUGAAAGAGACACCCCAGCGAAGAAGGCUAAACCCGGCAAACAGGUGGCAUUGAUGCAACAAGAGGAGCGAGCCACAGAUUCAGUGGGCUGGGGUGUAUGGAAAGCUUACAUCCUAUCAACCGGAAGCAUUUUAAAUGUCAUCAUUGUGCUCGUCACUAUUUUGCUUACAAACGGUGCCAACAUUAUGACAAGUUUGUGGCUGACAUACUGGACAUCGGACAAGUAUCCCUUUUCAACGGGAGAAUAUAUUGCCGGAUAUGCUGCUCUCGCCGCAUCUCAGACAAUCUUUGUUUUCAUAUACUCCACUGUUCUGACGAACGCAGGGACGAACGCCAGCAGGACUAUGCUACACCGCGCGAUGAACCGUGUACUGCGUGCGCCCAUGUCUUUCUUCGACACUACGCCUCUUGGGCGGGUCACAAAUCGGUUUUCGAAGGAUAUCCACGUCAUGGAUAACGAGUUGUGUGAUGCAAUGCGUAUCUACGCCCUAACCAUAACGAUGAUCAUAUCAGUAAUUGUUUUGAUCAUUGUGUACUUCCACUACUUCGCAAUUGCAUUCGGACCUCUUUUGAUUUUAUUCCUCAUUGCUGCAAAUUACUACCGAGCAUCAGCUCGAGAUAUGAAGCGAUUCGAAGCUGUGUUAAGGUCGCACGUUUUCUCUCGCUUUAGCGAGGCAAUCUCCGGCGUCGCAAGCAUUCGAGCCUAUGGCUUGCAAGAACAUUUCGGUCGUAGCAUCAGCGACGCAAUCGAUGAAAUGGACAGCGCUUUCUUUCUUACCUAUUCUAACCAACGCUGGCUCAGUGUCCGCCUUGAUGCUGUUGGAUACGUUAUGGUUCUGGUAACUGGUAUCCUGGUCGUGACGUCUAGAUUCGACGUCUCUCCUAGUAUUUCCGGUCUCGUCUUAUCUUAUAUUCUUGCCAUCGUUCAGAUGUUACAGUUCACAAUCCGCCAACUCGCUGAAGUUGAAAACGACAUGAACGCUACCGAACGUGUGCAUUAUUAUGGAACUCAACUAGAAGAAGAAGCGCCUCUACAUUUGGGUCAGGUUGAACCCAGCUGGCCCGAGCAGGGAAGGGUUACCUUUUCAAAUGUGCACAUGCGCUAUCGAGCCGGGCUCCCACUGGUACUCAGGGGUCUCGACAUGGAUAUCAGCGGCGGAGAGCGCAUUGGUAUUGUUGGGCGCACUGGGGCUGGAAAAUCCAGCAUAAUGUCAGCAUUAUUCCGCAUCACCGAGCUAUCUGAGGGUAGCAUCACGAUCGACGGCCUCGAUAUCUCGAAAAUCGGCCUGCAUGAUCUUCGAUCGCGUUUGGCGAUUAUCCCGCAAGAUCCCACGCUAUUCCGUGGAACUGUUCGGUCGAAUUUAGAUCCAUUCAACGAGCACAGCGAUCUGAAACUAUGGGACGCUUUAAGGAAGUCCCAUCUAAUUGGUGAGGAGCCCGCGGGUGAGAAAGAAUUGGAAGCCGCAGGUGGUGAUACAACAGAAAAUUCGGGGCAGAGCGGCAGUCGGAUCCAGCUCGACAGCGUGGUGGAUGAGGAAGGGCUUAAUUUCUCACUUGGCCAGCGGCAGCUCAUGGCACUUGCGCGCGCAUUGGUUCGCGACUCUCGUAUUAUUGUCUGCGAUGAGGCAACUUCGUCGGUUGACUUUGAGACCGACCGCAAGAUUCAACGCACCAUGGCCACGGGGUUCAAGGGAAAGACGCUACUUUGCAUUGCACACCGCUUGCGCACUAUCAUUACGUACGACCGUAUUUGUGUAAUGGACCAGGGCCAGAUCGCGGAAAUGGACACACCAUUGAAUUUAUGGGAGAAAAACGGUAUUUUCCGAAGCAUGUGCGACCGCAGUGGCAUUGAGCGGGAAGAUUUUUUCCAGACUGAGGCUUGACGAUGAUUAAUAUGAGUAGAUACACGACGCUAUUUUUGUUAAUAUUGUGUCGCUGACAUGCCACUUUGAACGAUAGAUACCCGUUUAGAUGAAUAAUGAAUCAAAAAGUUUGCAUGUUUUGGAUAGAUUAUUGGGUGAAUAUUGUGCGAUUAGUAUAUUCUAGAAGUACGUACGCGGUGAUAGUAACUUCAACAUUGAAUUGUCCAGUUAUCGGAUAUAUAUAUAUCACUUGUUAAAUUCGUCUCGAGCAAUUGUCACUGGCGACAUUUGCAAGGUACAUCCAUUGAUCUGUUGAUAGAUAGCUCUUGAGUAUAUAUGUAC